GCUUCUACUUCCGGAGAACUCUACAGAUUGCUGGGCCUGGGCUGACAUGUUCUUACAUGUUCUCAAAUGAUCAGCGGCCAAUAGCAAAGCAUGGUCUAGCUCCAACCUGGAACCGGUCGACUGUGUCUGAUGGUUUGGAAGAUCCAGGAUGACAAAAGAGAAGACUCUUCCUUUGCCCCGGUCAGAGUGUAUAUGUCCAAUAUGCCAGGAGAUCCUUUUGGAACCUGUGACCUUACCCUGCAAACACACGCUGUGCAACCCUUGCUUCCAGAUGACUGUGGAAAAAGCCAGCCUGUGCUGUCCAUUUUGCCGCAAGCGGGUAUCAACUUGGGCUCGCCUCCAUUCCCGCACUCGGACUUUGGUUAACACAGAGUUGUGGGAGAGAAUACAAAAGCAGUACCCAAAAGAAUGUCAGCGUCGUGCCAGUGGGCAAGAAUCUGAUGAUCUUGCAGACGAGCUAGCAUCUUGUCCAGCUCCACUUUUAUGUCAACCAGGAGAAAUCAGACAGGAAUAUGAAGCUGAGGUUAGCAAGAUAGAAGCUGAACGCUUGGCUCAAGAAGAGGCAGAGAGAAAGGCAAGUGAGGAUUACAUCCAAAAGCUUUUAGCAGAAGAAGCAGCUCAAGAUCGUCUUCAUUCAGAAGCCGUGCAGAGGGAGAUGGAGGAGCAGCUGAAAAUAGAUGAGGAAUUGGCUCGGACACUCAGUGUAGAUUUGGAUGUGUCAAAUGCCUCCUGUUCUUCAGUGUCAUCUGUGACUUCAAAGAAAGUGGUGGUCUCUAAGUCCAGCAAAAAUGUGAAAAACAAGCAGAGAGUAUCUGGAGAUAUAGAAAGGUUUCUUACUCCAAGAGCCGUGGCUGUUGUUGGAAUUGACGAAUCCAUGAAUUCUGACAGCUCGGAGUGUUUUAUCGUGUUUGAUGAGGGUGAAGAUGAAAUGCCAGAACUCUCACCUCAAUGUCCUUCCACCAGCUUAAUACAAGAGAGAGGUGUUGAGCUAAUAAUGCCAUAUUUGUCUGACUGCUAUAAAGUGGAGUCUAACACAACCAGCCAGCAGGAUCGCUGUUCUGAAAGGAGUCAGGUUUGCAAUGGGACUUAUUCUUCUUGCUCGGACAGUAUAGAUAUGGAAGAGAGCAUGGCAAUAAAAAAACAAAGUACCACGGCAGGAUUAUUCCCUGAAAGGGGUUACCAUUCUCCAGAGAACGGAAUGGAGAGUAAUACAAUGAACUGCAGUACACCUAAGCAUCUUGGUAUGACAGGAACUCUUAAAAGAAAAUGUGAAGACUGUUCUAUUGAUUUAGAAGAAAAAGCAGGGAGCUGUCGAAAUGUAAAAAAGAAAAAGCUGUCUCUGACUGAGGACUGUCCUGUACCCAGUGUUCAUGCAGGGAAAUUAAUUGAAUUGGAAGAGAAUCUGUAUGAGCGGAGGAGACAGGAGGAACAAGAUAGGCUAUUAGCCCUCCAGCUGCAAAGAGAGUUGGACCAAGAACUGAAACAAGUAAACCGAGGGAAGGGUUCUCCAGAUGAGUAUCAGCUGAGAACUAAAAGGGGCCUAAAACUACAAGAGUGCCUAAAACUACAAGAGUGCCAGGAUUCACCGUUGCCUCUUCGUAAAGAAAUCCCUGUGCAAGAUAAUAGUAGGAAUACACAAAGUGAAUAUAGUCCAGAUGAAAACAAGAAGCCUUCCAGAAAAAAUAGCGUCAGAUCUGCUAGAGUCAGGCAAAGCAGGGCAGUAGCCAAUACUGAGGGGUCCUCUGAUGGGAUUAAUGUUUUGAAGCCAAUUAACAAGCAGCCAACUAUACUGGACCUAUUUCAAAGGUCCGCUGGAAAAUAAAGUUCUCUAUAGACUGUUGUGGUACAUACCUAUAAAAUCAUUUUGUAUAAUUUUUGGUACAGGUAUGCCAGCCUGCUGAUACGGUCUGAAAUCCAUGUAUUCUGUGUACCAGCCAGUUAAGCAAUUGGAGCUGUUUGAAAUCUCAUCUGCUGAUCGAACAUGUCUGCUAGUGUAUGAUGCAUUGGCAGCUAAGGAAAUAAAGGGAAGCUGUAGCUUUUUUCACUUUUUGCUGUUCUGAUAGUUUGUGCUGUCAGUGACGAGAACAAUAAAAAAAGGUGGCCAUAUCAUGCCUGAACCCUUGUAUGCUAUGUGUCUGUUAAGCUCAAGGGCUGAUUAGUCAGAGCAGGACAUAGCUAGGUGUGCUUGUAACUAACUUUUUUUUCAACCAAAAAUGUGUUUUCAAGAGAAAAAACUGUCAUGUUUCCCAUCUUAGUCAAUGGCAUCCACACAAGGCAGUUAUGUGCACAUGUUCAUAGUAAAAGGUUAGCCCUUAGCUCUGCUGUUGCAUUUAGCUGUAAGCACUGGCAGGUCGUAGGAUUAAAAACAUAUACAGAUUUGAUGCAACUGCUUGCUGCUAUCCUUAGGAAUAGUGCCAGUGUAGCAAAUAGGCCCUGAAUGCAUUGUAUGUGGCAUAAGCCUAUGGCUUUAAGGAACACUGUAGAAUAGGCUGAGCUUUAUUUAGAAAUUUGAUAUGGCUGAGCCCAGCAGAGCUGAUAGCAAACGUAGUAAAAAAAAAACAAACAAGGAAAGCAUAUUUAGGAUUAAAACAAUGGUAUGUCCCCUCAAAGGAAUAAAUUACAUUUGUGAUGUUACCGGUUAUGGUUUUGUUUUCAAAUGAUGGUUUAGGUUCUACUGUUUUACCGUUACACAUUCAAUACUGAUCUUUUCUAAUUUAGGAACCGACUACAAUGCUGGUAUUUCUUCACAAUUUACCAGUGCACCUUGUAAGCUCAGAGCUGAUCUGGUGGGAAAACAAAUUUUAAAAAAAGUAUUUCCAUUAACUUGCUCGCUACUGUGAUGUACCAAAGUUUAGUAUUAUUUUUGUUAAUAAUUACACAGGGGGUAAUCAUAACACAGGCUUUUUUUUCGUAUAUGGUUUUUCAGUUCAGUUAUUUUAGACUGCAGAUCUCACUUGAAAUGAAAUCCUGCCUUCAAGCCCUGAGGUAUUCAAAGCAAAGUGGAUUUGAGAAUACACUGUUUUGUUUCUAAUUACUGAAUGUAGUUUUAACACAAAUACAACAUUUAUGUGCUGAAUACUAUUUGCCAUCCAGCAGGUAUAAUAGGCCUGUCACCUUGCCACCCUACAGCUGUGGUGGGAAGGGAAAUGAAUGCAAAAAUAUGACACUAUAAAAAUGUAUUCAUAUCUCUGGUUUUUAUCAACUGUAAAAUGUCAAUAUGCAUUGCUCUUUUGCCUGUAAUCUUGAUGCUCGAUCAAAUCCACACCCAGACCUUGAAGUAUGUCUGACUCUUUUGAAUAAGUAAGCUUUGAAUAUAACUGAAUUUUUAAAUUGCUUUUCACUUUGACUAUACCAGUGAAAAUACAUGCUACGGUUUAGGGUUACAACGGGCUUUCUGCCAUUCAGUCUGUACUCAACCUCUGAUGCAUCUGACUUGUCGUACACAGUGGAAACGGCAACUGUAUUGAAAGACGUACCCUAUCGUUUGCUUCCCAUAUUGUUCUUAAAUAUUGGUUGGACAUAUAUUCUAAAAACAGACAUUCCUUGGUAAUGUCUUAA